AUGGCUCUUGAUGAUAUUGCAAUAGAACAUUGUAGUACUCUUUCUCCAACAACUACUUCAAUAUCAACAACAACAAUAACCACAACUGUUAGUACUGCCAUCACCACUACAACUCAAAUUAUAACGACUACUAGUACUUCGACAUUGCAAACAAUCACAUCAUCAACAACAACAGUAAUAUUGACAACAUCAACAAUGUCUACAAGUACAUCAACACAAAACCAUGCUCGAAGAUCAUUAUCUUCGAGCGGAUUUAAUGCGAUUGUAAAGAAAUUUUCUCAACGUCUUUCUUUACCUUUUUCUGUAUAUGGACCAUCUAAUGCAACUUUUUGUAAUGGUAUUGCUUCUCGAUAUCCAAUUCGAUGUUAUUCUGUUCAGAAAACAAGUUUUCAUUCCGAAGGUGGCUUCAGAUCUAUACUUCAAUGUUGUUUAGAUGCUAUUCAAAAUGUAACACUUGCUGUAACACAUUUCGAUUAUUUAGAUGAAGAUGAUCGAUUAAAACAAAUGAAAGAAUUUAAUUCAUAUGAACAUAAUAUUGAUAUACUAAUGGGUGAUAUGAAUGCAUUGACAAGAGAAGAUUAUUCAGAUGAUUAUUAUAAAAAACCUCGUUUUGAUUUAACUCAAUUAAUAACACAUGAAUGGAAUUAUCAAGAUGCUUUUAAAAAGAUAAAUCCAACAUUGAAGAAUGAACAAGUAGCAACAUGUCCUUAUGGAACACGAAUUGAUUAUAUUUAUAUACAUCCUCGUAUUAAUGAUCAUUGGAAUUUGAACAAAUAUCAAAAUAAACAAGAUAUUUCGUCUUUUCAAAAUGUCCUUCUAGACUUUGUUAUAUGA